AUGUCGCAGGAGUAUGAAGCUAUAACCUCAAACCUUUCUCCCUCAUCCCCCCUCCUCACUUUUUCUACUCAUAUUCACCACCUUCUCUCUUACUUCAUACCCCCCUUUUCCUCUCACUCUAUCUGUCAUUGCAGUUGCUGGCUUCGCCUGGACACCUACUUCAUUUGGAGUUUCAUAGGACCAGCAACCUUGAUAAUUAUGCUCAACGUGAUCUUCCUGGGCAUUGCUCUCUACAAGAUGUUCCAUCACACAGCCAUCUUGAAACCAGACUCUGGUUGCCUGGACAACAUCAAAUCGUGGGUGAUCGGGGCCAUUGCCUUGCUAUGUCUGCUGGGCCUUACCUGGGCCUUUGGCCUGAUGUAUGUCAACGAGAGCACGGUGGUCAUGGCCUACUUGUUCACCAUCUUCAACUCCCUGCAGGGAAUGUUCAUCUUCAUCUUCCACUGUGUGCUGCAGAAGAAGGUGCGUAAGGAGUAUGGAAAAUGCCUGAGAACUCACUGCUGCAGUGGCAAAAGUGUGGAAAGCUCCGUCGGCUCUGGAAAAGGCACCGCCUCUCGUGCCCCAGGACGUUACUCCACAGGGUCACAGAGCCGCAUCCGUCGAAUGUGGAAUGACACAGUCAGGAAACAGUCCGAGUCCUCUUUUAUGACCGGCGACAUCAACAGCUCUGCGUCACUCAACAGAGGGGCUAUGGCUAACCAUCUUAUACCUAAUGCACUCCUACGUCCUCAUGGCACUAACAAUCCCUAUAAUACAUUGCUUGGGGAAUCGGCAGUCUAUAACAACCCUCUGGGCAUGUACAACACACAAGAGCCCUACAGAGAGACAAAGGGAAUCCUGAACAAUGCCCGGGAUACAAGUGUCAUGGAUACUCUACCACUGAAUGGUAACCAUGGCAACAGCUACAGUAUCGCCAGCGCUGAGUACAUGAGUGACUGUGUCCAGAUCAUUGACCGGGGCUAUAACCACAAGGAGACCACCCUGGAAAAGAAGAUCCUGAAAGAGCUCACCUCCAAUUAUAUCCCCUCCUACCUCAACAAUUCCCACGAGCGCUCAACAGAGCAGAACCGGAACCUAAUGAAUAAGCUGGUCAAUAAUGUUAGCAACGGUGGCAAGGACAGUGGCUAUGGGAUGGGCUUGGGAGUGGGGAUGGGCAUGAAUGUCGCGCUGAGCCUGGAUGACCACUCCACCUUUGGUCUGCACCACGACGAAGGCCUGGGCCUGGAGUUAAUCCGCGAGGAGUCUAACGCCCCGCUGUUGCCUCAAAGACCGCCCCCUUCACUGCAGGCGGUGGACAACCUCCACAAUCACCUCCACCAGUCAGUGCCGCCACCCCUCCCACUUCCCCACCAUCCCUUCUCGUCCGCCACCACUUCCUCCUCGUCUCGAAGGCGGAUCCCCCAGGAGAACAGCGAAAGUUUCUUUCCCUUACUUACUAACGAGCACACCGAGGACGAGAGCUCGUCACCCAGCCACAACCACCAGAGAGACUCCCUCUAUACCAGCAUGCCCAUGUUGUCCGGCCUGCCCGACGUGUCUGCGGAAUCUGCUGAUGGCUCCAAGGAUGGCGGGGAUGCCAAGAGCCCAGAGGCCAGCUCGGAUGACGUUUACUACAAGAGCAUGCCCAACUUGGGCUCACGUAACCACCUCCAUCAGCUGCACUCCUAUUACCAGCUAGGGCGGGGCAGCAGCGAUGGCUUUAUCGUGCCCCCAAACAAAGAGGAUCUAUCUCCAGAAGAGGCCCACCAGGAGCCCUCACACCUGGUCACCAGCCUAUAGGCCCAACACCCUCCUAUGCCUCCAGUGUCCCUCCUUUUACUGUAGUCCUCUUCUCUUCCCUGUGUCCCCUUGUUCCAUCAGUCGUUGGCAGUGGUAGCCUUUGUUCUUAUUCUGUGUCCCGAAGAAUGAGGCGGAGCAAAUAACUGUACUCUCGCUGUUACUCACCACAAACAGGAUAAUAAUUGCUACGUAUGGGGGCUAAUAUGUGACAAUAUUUGGUUAGACAGUGCGGGAAUCUGUUGAUGUUGUGUUUCUCCGCUCAAACCCUGUGUGGUUUGGUGUGUUUUGUCUCAGUGUGAAGAGACAAUUACUCACACAGGAUUUUUAGGUCUCAGAGAUAGAGUCUGACAUUCAAAAGGAACUGCAUAGCCCCAAACUAUACAAGUCUAAACUGUAGACUUCACCAGAAUAAAUGGGAAAUUUAAAAAAGGACUAUUUUAUUAUACUUCUGUAUCUAUAUUGACUUUUUGAAAGAUUUUCUUCCUCUUUGGUGAGUUGCAGCACAUUUUGUUUGCUGAAGUGUCCCUUCAAUGAAAAAAAAGACAAAAAAAACCCAACGCAUUUUGAACAAUUACCAUGAAGGAAUUAUUGAUCGUAUGCUUUCAAGCAUAGCUGUUCUUUUUUCUUUCAUUUUACUGUAAUAACAGUUGUUAAAAGAGGGAGAAAAAAAAACUAAUAAGAGAAUUAUGAGAUAUUUCUAUGUAAUUGUACAGAUAACUAGCAUUGCACAUAAUAGUAUGCUUUUUUUUUGUUCCAAGCAAACCCUUUGUCUCUGUAAAUGUAGUGGUUAGGAGCAAUUUUGUUCUGUUGUGCUGGCCUUUCUGGGUUUCUGGUACCAGUCUGUUUUUGGUUUCCUCUUUAUCACUUUCCAAGAAAUUACCAUCUAAAUAGAAACAAAAUAACACAAAAAAAUCACAACAAAACACUUACUGUGCAGGCAUUUUUGUGCAACAUAUUCACUUUUGUUUUCAGGUGUGUUUUCUGUUUCCUUUUGAUCUCUCUUCCCAUUUUUUUUUUUUUACUGUGUAGAUAGCAGAGCUCGGGUUCACAGAUCGUCGAGGAGACAGCAUAAGUCCACGUUAAUCAGGAGUUGUCCCUCAGAAAGGUUCAUAGUGCAUUCUGCAUCUCUAUUGGCAUUCAGUAAACGUUUUUGCUUCUCAGAAAGAGAACAAGUUGAACAUCGAUAAGCACUACGAGCUUAUACAAAAAAGAACAAUGGUUGUUUUACUUAUUAAAGAAAGAGCUUUUGAGGGUGAGAAAAACUGGAAGUGUUUUGUUUUUUUUCUUCCUCGAGGAGAAAUUAUAUUUAUUUAUUUGUUUAAAUAAACCGUAAUAAAUUGGAGGAUGGAAGUAAGUUUAGUGGCACAGAUAAGUCUUUAUUAUUGGCUAUGAUUAUGGCUUCUUAUUUAUUCCUUUUGUAAUGGUUUCCAAGUUGAAUGACCUCAUAACUAAUAUUUGUUGUAACAGUGAAACAAAUAAAUUACUGAUUAAGAUUUAUCACUUAGCUAUGGCAAAAGUUCUGGUGUUUUGUCUGGGUCUUGGAACACUUUUAUAUGGGUUAUAGGGAAGGACCUCCAAAUGAUGGAACGAUCAAUGAUUUUUUAAAUUUUUAUUAUCAGUUAAUAUCACUCAUUAGCCCUCUGUCCAUUUUAGUGCCAAAUGAAUUUUGGCCCUGCAACAGUGGAUGUGCUCUGUAUGCUCUGGUCUGCUUUACAAUAGAAGCAGUGAUUUCAUAAGCUGUAAUAAAUAUUUCAAUAUCA